UGGUAUUCGCUUUUAUUAGCUCCGUCGUUUUUUGCGUUCAUUCAAGUGCGAGCUGUGCUCCAACAAUAAAGUUAUCGUAUUUUAUAUGGUUUUGUGAAUCGUGUGUACUGAAAAAUCGAAAACAACAAAUGUAAAAUAUAGAAAAAGGUGAAUAAUAAUUGUAAUGAUCAGUGAAACUUAAUAAAGAGGUUUCAAGUUAAUCGAAUUAAUAUUUUUGUAUUGCCGAAGAAGGCCCUGGAAAAUAAUAAAUAUUAGUGAAAAAUUUAUUUAUAACCGAAUAUUUUACUUAACACCGCUUUCUGAGAUAUACUGUUGGUAAUAAUACAUAAUCAGGAAUUCAUCAUUUAUUAGGAAUCGCAGCGAAAAAGAUAAAAUGAGUAAACCAGCACAUGAGCACAGCUAUAGCAAUAACGAGUUAUUUUAAAUGAAUUUCGAUGCCUACGUCUAAUUCUGGAGGAAAUUUAAAGGGCAGAAAAAAAUUAAAUUUUUUACUAUUAGGUAUUUUUGGCAUAAUUAAUAUUGGCUUACAUAUUGCAUGAGUUGAGCGACCUAAACGACUCCGGUAGACCUUUCGAAACGCACACAUGCAAUAGUGCAACAGCAUCAUAUAAGUUUUGCACACACUGGCGCAUACGGGAGCGUCCAGCAAAUGCCAGACGUAGCUAAGUUCUCAGUUUCUAAAGAGCAGCACCAGCACCAACACCAACACCAGCAUCGACAAUACCACUCAGUAAGCAGCAAUAGUAAAAGUCUGAAUAUGAGUCUGCUGCCAAAAUUUGACUUGGCGUUAUCAAGAAAAUCGACGACGUUUCUGUUGGUGCUGUUCGGUAUCGGCUGCUUGGGAUAUAUACAGGCCGAGCGUGAUUUCAACUUUAACGACUCGCAGGUUCCGCUGCUUGAACCGCGAGAUGACCCUGCUCACACUCAUUACAGCUAUGACCCAUAUUCGGUGGAAGUGUCGAGCUGCCGCUCGGCAAACAGCGAAGUUGUGCUCUCUUUAGUGCUGAAAAAUUACGAUUGGACUGAUUUGAGUGACAAUAAAAAGGAUAAAGUACUUGAAAAAUUAUCCAAGUUCUUUGCCAUACCGAAGGAAUUUAUCGUUAUGGAAUCUGUAACAAAACGUGAACUCAGUGAAAUGCAGAAUGAAUCAAUACGAAGGGGUCAUAAUAAGUGCCAUAAUAAUUAUAAUCGUCCUUUGGGAAGAGUUAGCUUUGUGCUUGGCUGUGGGUCUACAUAUUUCACAAUGAGUGAACCUAUAAACAAACAAAUAGGUGCUCAAAUGAAAGAUGGUUCUAUUGAUAAUAUAACUGGUGAAAAGUUCGGCUGGUGGGUUAUUUGGCGCAAGCACUACAAAACGAGAGUGCAACGCAAUCGGCGCCAAACCGAGGGUUCGGGUGCAGAUGAGGUCGAUGAUGAUUAUGACUAUGGCUACGAUGAUGACGACGAGGACGUCGUGGAAAACGUAACGGAAGUACCAGCUGUCACCACACAUGCGCAUCGUCACCAUCAUGGCGUGGGACAGUCAAAUCUCGAGGAUAAUAAGUUGGACAUGGCAUCGGUGUCAGAAUCAUCGAUAUCAAGUAGCCAAGUCGCCGAUCCGGAGAUCGAUGCCGAAGUCGAUGGCGAGGAAGGAGUUGCUGCUGUGGCAGCUGCGUCGUCCAAUGCCAAGCACUUUACUUCAAACAGCGACUCGAACUUCUUGCUACCGAAUAAAGGAAGUAAUAUAGACGAAGAAAUAGUUGAGAGUGUCUCACAGCUGGAAUCAGUUAUAACUAAAACCAUUGAAAAUACGAAGAAUAUCAAAGAACUCCCUGUUAUAAAGAAGGAAGUUGGCGAAGAUGUUCCUGUCGCUGUGGAAAUUGCAAAGGAAUUGGAUGUUUCGAAUGCACUUGAAGAGCUCGGCCAAUCUAAUAAUUUAGAUAUUAAUAUGAAUUUAAAAGAGGCACAGCCAGGAACCUCAAGUGCUAAUCAUGAAUUUGUAACAAGCAGCAUAGCACAAAUGCCAUUACAUCUUCGCAAUGAAAAUAAAAUUGACAAUGAAAAUUUUACAUUUGGAGCCGCUGCUAACGUUUCUGCUGAAGCCGCUGAAGCCGAUGCUAAAGUAGGUUCACCGUUGGGUGCCUCCAUUAAAAAAAACUUCAAUGAAAUUGAGGAUAUACGCUUGGAUGAUGGCAAUUCAAAUAAAUCGGCACUGGAUCCCACUAACGCAUCGGUUCUAAACGAGCUGGAAGUAAUUGAAUCAAUUUCACCAUCUGGUGUAGAUGUGGGCACCUUGUCAUCGGUAGCUAUUACUUUAGAAUCGUUUGCACCCAGCACUACCACCAUAAUGAAUCCUAUUGUUCUUGAAAUGGCAAAAGCCGAGACGACUUCUUUGCUGCCACCAGCUUUACACACGCUUUCAAUAAAUGUUGGCAACACAGCUUCAACAACACUUGCACCCGUCCAAUCAGCCAAUGCUGUUGCGACUUCAUUAUCCGCAUUACCGUCAUCAUCCGUUUCUUAUCCUUCCUCGCCUUCAUCAUCAUUCUCGGUAUCCUCCUCUACCGUGUCAACUACGCCAUCGUUCUCUUCGUCAUUCGCGCCUCCCUCCAUAUCAUCAACAACCUCAGCUUCAUUAACGACAACGACACCAUCCAUCACCUCACCACAGUUUACGAAGGAUGAUAAUGAGACGAGCACGAUGACUCCUGGGCAAGACUCCAGUCAGACGGCGUCCACUACACCUGCUGCUUCCUCUCCCACCACUUUGCUAACUUCGCCAACAAUCUCACCUGUAACAGUAAGCAGUGACACCGUUUCUCCCGCAGUCAGCUCCACCGAUUAUGCAGAACCCAAAAUGGAAAAUACGCCGCCGAUGAUUCGCACCCGCUUGCAGAAGUUCGCUGUGACAUCAGGCAAAGCGUUUUCAUAUUCAGUGCCACAGGACACCUUCUACGAUACAGAGGAUUUAACAAAUCUACGCUUAGAUUUGACGGACAAGGAUGGACGAGAAUUGAAGGCGUCGUCGUGGCUACAGUUUAAUCCCGAAACGCAUGUGCUUUAUGGACUACCAUUGGACGACUCUGUAUCCAAAUGGCAAUAUAGGCUAUCCGCAACGGAUUCUGGCAACGAUUCGGUGACGGAGACACUUGAGAUCUCUGUGCAGCAGCAUCGCGGUGUGCGCACUGUCAACCACGAGAUAAGCAUUACUGUGAAGAUGAAUGAGAAAAAUAUGCACAACAUUGAUUGGCAGCUAAAAUUAAUGCGCGACGUGGCCUCAACAUUGGGCGACGAAAACACUAACUGGAUUGUUGUGCGGGAGAUUCGUCCAAUGCCGCAGGAUCCGAAUACGGCCACUUUUGUGUAUUUUAACGAAACUUUCCCGACCAGCGAGUGCCCAGAAGCAGAACUCAAUAAGCUGGUGAAGCGCUUAGAUGCUAGUCGUCUAAGUGAUUUGGUUUAUCCCACACUGAGUGUCAAGUCCAUAACUGGACAGCUGAUUGGUGCUUGCCAAAAGUCUCAUAUUAUUAAGCCGAAACCCACGACUCAUAUAGCGACAAAUGUACCGCCACUGCCCCGAAAUCAAGUGGAUCGAGUAAAUGCUACUGUUGGUCAUUUACUUGUUUUCAAAGUUCCGAGCGAUACAUUCUACGACCCGAACGAUAAUGAGCAUCUGACGUUGACACUGAAAACAAAGGAUCACAAGGAACUAAAUCCGCGACAUUGGUUGCAGUUCGAUUCGAAGAAUCAAGAGUUCUAUGGCAUACCAAGAAGUGGUGAUGCUGGUUCAGAGGAAUACUUGUUGGUCGCCCAAGAUGCUGGUGGGCUAAGCGCAACGGAUGCGCUAGUCGUGGUAGUAAACCAUGCACCCAAAAGAGAAUUCAGCAUCUACUUCAAAGCGUACCUGGCCAUCCGGCAUGAGCAGUUCAAUGCUGAUCUUCAGCGGAAAUUUGUGGAGCGCAUUUCUCAGUUGUUUGGUGAUUCAACUACACAAUAUGUCCAAAUACGGUCGGUGACACCACACCUUGACUCAGACAGCACCAUUGUUAGCUUCUACAAUACGAGUUUGUACAAAUCCCACAAUCGUUGCCCUGAGGAGGAAAUUGAAGCAGUUCGCAGUGUAUAUUUGGUCAAGGAUCACAUGGUUCGUGAUCAUGUGAAGAAGGUUCUUGGACCCGAAUUAAAUCUCACCAAUAUGCAAGCGUUACCAUUAGGCUUGUGUCACCCUCAAACUGACGAUAUACAUCGCGGCCAUGUACCUAUGAAGCCCGAUCAGCCAACUCUGAAAUCCAGCUUCAGUGAAGAGUAUAUGUACACGAUCAUACUUCCGGCUGUGAUUAUAAUUAGUAUGAUUAUAAUCGCUUUGCUUAUUGCGUGUUGUCUGCAUCGCCGCCGUCGUAAGAGCGGCAAAAUGGAGCUGGGGGAUGAGGAGGAGCGCAGAUCCUUCCGUAAGAAAAAUAUUCCUGUUAUUUUCCAAGAUGAAUUGGACGAAAAACCCGAAAUUGGCAACAAGAGCCCAAUCAUACUUAAGGACGAGAAGCCACCAUUGUUGCCACCAUCCUACAACACCUCCAAUAUGAAUGGCGAUAACGAUGUAGAUGAAUAUGUGCCACCGCCAGCUGUUGUAGUCGGAGGUCGCGAAGCGCGAGGGAAAUCACCAGCUACGCCAUCCUACCGGAAACCGCCACCAUAUGUUUCGCCAUAAAAAUGUUAAAUAAGUGUCAAACCUUAACGGAGAGGAAAAGCAUAAGUCAAUGCCUGAGAAGUUUAAUUUUACUGCUGCAGCUAAACUUGAAUACUUGGAAACUUUACUACUUAAUUCACUACUUAUACAUUUUUAAGUUACAUAAUGUUGCGUAUGAUCAAACGUACGUGAAUAACAUUUAAUACUUAAAUAGCAUAAGAGAUAAAGCGAAUCGACGAAAAAUAAGUAAUAGGAGCAAGCAAAUAUUGCUGAAAGAAAAUUUGUAUGCACAUCGUGCAAGAUAUCGAACAUACAGAACGAAUAAUCAUCUCACGCUGUUGAAACUUAUGAACAAAAUCAUUGUAAUUAUUUGCUGUCAACUUGAAAGAUUAUUUUUGAACAAAAAAGAGCCAAGAAAAUGCGAAAUAUUUUCAAAUAUUUAUCGGAAUAUACAAACAAAAGAUAAAAACUUAAAUUAUAUUUGAAGCAUGAAAAAACUCACUGCUGUUCGAUAUUUUCAAUUUGGCUUUAAAAUGACUAAAAAGUAACUAUUCGACGUUUGCGCUUGCCUGAAAACAGAGUGAGGAAAAUACUAAGAUUUAGUUGCUUAAUGUUAGAAAUUCUGCUUAUUUAUUAUUACUUUUUAUAUAAUUGAUAAGCUAAUGAGAAAAUUAAGAUGUCGAAGGUUGUUUUGCUUAAUGAAUAACAAUCGCAUUAAGUGUAAACCAUUCGCAUGGCCUUAGGCGAAUGCACAAAACUCGCAAAAAUUGCUUUCGACUGACAGAAAAUCAUUAAAUUGUGCUCAAUACCAUUUAUUUUCCAUAAUAAUCUUCCUCCUCCUUUGUUUGAAUUUUUGCUUAAAGCGCUUUCGUUUUAGUGAGAUAAGCUGAAACCAACAACCUAGGGUUCAAAUUUAGAUAUCGGAAUAUGAAAAUGAUCGUUGAGAAACGAUAUUGUAUUGUAAUCAAAAUGAGAACGUGUCACAAUCAUAAUCACCUAAGCUUUUAAUUGUACAACAGAAAUGUUACAAACGGAAGGAAAUCUUGUAGGAUAAUCAAUCCUACACAUUAAAAAGCAAUGUAAAUCAUGUAAUACAUAUGGCUGAAGGUAUUUCCGUGUAUAUAUUCAUGCAAACAGAGUUUGUCCCGCGGGCGGUUGCACAUAAAUACGCCCAUCAGAUGGACUCAACAACACAGAAGCUAAACUUGUAACUCGUUUUCUAUAUUUUUGUAAAUUUAAAAACUCUUAUGCCAUUUUGUGAGUUAUAUAUCGAUAGAUUCUGCACAUUUGUAAUUAAUGAAGCAAUAAACAAUUAUUUGCAAGCGUAGAAAAAAGCAUGGAUGCACCAUAUUCAGCUACUUAAAGUAGUGUCAUUUUAUUUGUUUACAUAUAUAGUUUUUUAUACACAUGUAUUACUUUUAUUACGAACUUUACAACCCCAUAGGCAUUGAUGUCUGUAUGUAGCUAGACGUAUUAUAUGUAUAUUGUUUCAAUUUCCAUUCAUUUACUCAAAACACACUUGAAAAUAUAUUUAUUUUAUAGAAUUUGCUGUCACAAGUGUUACUUUGUUCUUUUAGAAGACAUACACAUUUUUCGCAUAUCUAAUUGAAUAUUUGUACAAACUCCAUGAAAUUUGAAUAAUGUACUGCCCAAAUGAUUUAUACACACAACCUAAGUUCGUAGUCUGCUGUUAAAAUUUGAAAUUUAAUUAUUAUGUACGCAAUUAUUUUAUUUAUAUUAUCACAUAAUAAUAAUUUUUACAUUUGUACACAUAAAUUAUUAGUAAUCAAAAUGUCUAUAACUUUAAGUUGAACACGAAACGAUUGAUUUUUGGUGUUUAUGCCUAGUUUUAAAAUAACAUCUCGAAAAUAGUCCGUCAAAGGGUCGCAUGAAGUAAAAGUAUAAAUAAUAAAUACCAAAGAUGACAGAAGUUGUACUUUUAUUUCGCAAAACUAUUCACAGGACCUCUUAAUGACAAGUUAUGCGGGUGGCCUACUGGUUGCCGCAAUUCAUAGGGUAAGGUGCUGUUUCAAAUAAGAAUGUAAAUAAUAAAAAUUUAAUUAAAACAUUAACUCUGUUCAUUUGAUACUAAAAAAUAUGUUUUAAAUACACACACAAAAAUCUCUUUCAACCAAAUCGGUAAUUCGGCGAAUUUAUAUCUAACUUUCUUAUCUAAAUAAUUUAUGCUUACAUAUGUCAGUUAUGUCUCUACGCGGCCUUUAGCUUUUGCUGUAAUGCCAUCACUCGCUUGAAAAUUUCUUUAAAUAGCACAAAUACUGUUGCUCCUUUGUUUAGUGAAAGGGGAAGUAGAAACGGCCGCCGUGGUUGUUGUUGUUGUGGCAGCAUAAACAUUCCCCAUACUUACAUACGGUGAAUGCUGCUGGAGUGACAGUCCUUGGCCGGAUAUAAAUCCGGGUCGUUUCGGUAACGUAGAACCGACUGUCGUGGAAACGUGGUCGAAUGGGUUGGUGCGUGACUACCAUUCGGGAGUGUGUGCAUGAACAUCAAAUAAUAGAAAUCGAUUUUUCGGUUACCCCUCGGCAGGCAAGGGCAAAUCUCCGAUUGCAUUUCUGCCAUGAAAAAGCUCCUCAUAAAAACCAUUCUUCGGUCGGAGUCGGCUUAAAACUGUAGUUCCCUCUAUUUUUGGAACAACAUCAAGAUUACAUCCCAAUAGAAAGAGAGGCUCGGCCAAACACCUAACAUAAGUGUACUCGGCAACUAUUUAUUUGUUUAUUUUGAAACGGUUCUCAUAGAUAAAUUUUUCGUUCGGGUUCUUAUUCAACUUUAUCACGAACUGCGCAUGAAUGCUAAUCUCAUGAAAAAAUCUUGAAUUUCGUAGUUUUAACACAAAUUUCACUUGGGAGAAAAAAUAUAUAUACUCAAAAAGCGAAAGAUUUCGCGGUUAGCUUAGAACCCACCCACAUUCCUAAGCGUUAGCGGAUUGGACAUUCUUCGUAUUCACGGAAAAGGAGCUGUAUUAUUUCAAGUGUAAGAAGAACUUUUAUAACAGCACUGAACUCACAUUUUGUUGAACGAGUAUAUUUUUACAAGUAUUUUUACUAUGUAUCGGGAGGAAAGAGAGGUUUAUGUGUGUGGAAGUAUGCGUUAUAAUGCUUGUGACUACUUUAACAUUUUUUUUUGCUUACGCCUUUUAAAUUCCGGAGGAAUUAGUACCAUAAUACCGAAAUGUAUUUUUGGUAAAGAUUAAAAAAAUUCUUAUAAUUUCUAUGCGUAUUUAAUAUUUUACAGUAUUGCGAAAAUUUGUAGACACCACAAAAGCUUCCAUCCAAUCAGUUAAAAUUAAUCUAGUAGAAAUAUUUAAGAAAAAAAACGAAAUAUAAUAAUAAAUUUACAAUUUUGUGAAAAAAAUGAUGUGAAUUGAAAACAUAAAGUAAGAGAAAAAGCUAUGACAUAAUUUGAACUUAAAAAUAUUUCCACUCAUGCAUCUAUUGACAUCUACUCCUAUACAUAGAAAACCGUAUGCACAUCAAUGGAAUAUCAUUACUCUUUCACAAAUGAUGAAAAAACAUGACCUUUGAUUUUGUAGAAUAAUUUACAAGUAAAAUAAAAAAAUAGAAAAUUGGAUCAGCCUCCACCCACCUCCCCAAUUAAAGUAUGUGGUAAAAGACAAAGAAAUUAUAAGCAACAGCCAACACCUAAAACUAGAACUAACUAACUUUACUUAACCUUUUCGGAAUUUUAAAUAUCUUCUCUACAUUGUCCACCCAUUUUCCACGCUCUUUAUAUGUACCACCGUCGGAGUUAUCAACCCAGCCAACUCAUCCGAAUUCAUCGCGAAUACUUGAACAAACAAAAGUAAAGUAAACAAAUACAAUAAUUAUAUGUAAGUACGUAAGUAGACGAACAAAUUGAAACACCUCAGCAUGCAGCCCGAAUGAAAAUGUAAAUUGAAUAUUGCAUAAAGGGACGUGUAUAGGUGCACACAUACAUGUUGGAUAAUAAUAAUCAGUAAGCCAAUAAUAACUAACAUAACUUUGAAGGAAUCGUUGACUAGAAAUGUCAAAUUUUUUUAAUUCGAAUACGAAGAUGUGUAUAAUAUGCUGAUUGCAAUAUAAUUACAUACAUACAUACAUACAUGCACACCAUAUGAAUAUUAUUAGAGAAAUACACAACAAAAUGACUAUAAGAAAUAGUGGGAUUGUCCAUAAACAACAGGAAACUUAUGAAAAUAGUAAAGAAGUAAAUGCAAGUAAAAAUGGAAUAUAAUAUCAUAUUGUAUCAUACUAUUGUACUUUAGAGUAUGAAUGUAUUAUGUAAGUUUGUGUAUGUUGUAUACAAGUAAAUUUUUUAUGAAUAAAAUUGUACUGAGUGUAAUAAGAGCUAAGGAUUGGUAACUCAAAACUAUAGCAUUACAAAAUUUUCAAAAGUGAGGAAAGUAAUUGCUUUGAGUUUCGAAUGAAGUCAAUACUAAAUAUUUAUAUUUUGAUAAAUUUAAACAAAUAAAAAAUUGCGUAAAAUAA